GUCGUUUACUGACAUUUGGUGAAUAAAAUCAAGUCCAUUUUGUGCGGAUGUUUUAAAAAAUGUGUAAUUUACUUGUUAUAAAUAUAAAUGUUUAUUGUAUGUUUCGUGAUGUGCAACCAGAUUCCAACUAAUUAAUCACUACUUGCUAGUCCAUGAACAGUAAUGUGAAAUCAUGUUUGGGUAUAGUAAAGAAGCUGUUAGAGUGAAAGUCAAGAAAUGUGAAGGAAAACUCCAGCCAGAAUUAAGGAAGUUCUCAGUGGAUCCACAAAUAACUUCAUUAGAAGUGUUACAAAGCAUUUUAAUAAAGGCAUUUGAUAUCAAAUCUGACUUUACAUUAUCAUACAGAACUGUUGAUGACUAUGGGCUAGAAGUGUAUCUGCCCCUUCUCUCUGAUUGGGAUUUGGAUGCUGCAUUCCUCAAGGCUCAUAACAUAGCUCUUACACAAUGGUCAGUGCCUUGUGUUCUAUUAAUAGUGUAUAUGAAACCCUUUGCGGAAGCUUCAGAGGAUUGUGUGCCACCAGUAUUGACAUCCACUUCAAGUAUGGUUGAGAAAACAUUUAACAUGGUAUCAAGAGCACUGAACUUGUACGAAGAUCCGAACACACCUCCACGACCACCGCUCAGCGACAUUGAAUUCAGGGCAUUCCUCGAUACAGUUGGUCAAAUCACUAACACCGCCAAGCUAAGAGAAGUCAUUUACUGCGGCGGUAUAGAUCCUAGUUUAAGAAAAGUAGUGUGGAAACAUAUUUUAAAUGUGUACCCAGAUGGCAUGACGGGUAAAGAGAGGAUGGACUACAUCAAAAGAAAAGCCAACGAGUAUUACGGGCUUAGAGCGCGUUGGAAAGACUGCAUACAAAGAGGAAAGGUAAACGCGGAUCUAGCAUAUGUUACAAGUAUGGUUCGUAAAGAUGUCUUACGUACCGAUCGCCAUCAUAAUUUCUACGCGGGUAGCGACGAUAAUCAAAACAUCGCUUCCCUCUUCAACAUAUUAACGACGUAA